CCGCGUUGCCAUUGGUUUAAACCCUAAAAUUUGCGCGAAUUCUUUGUCUCCGAGGAUCGGUUUCCAGCUCGGAAAUGGUGGCCUGUACACGAACUGUGAGUUCAACAAAGCUUUUUCUCUUCUCCCUUUAAGUUCUCACUGGGUCGAAACCCUAACCUUCUGCUCAUUGUUGUCAACUAUGUUACCUGAGCCGAACUAAAUCGACAUCGUGCUUUCGACGGGGCAGCUUUCUAGCAGCUUAUUCUGUUGUUUUGGGCUUUUGUGCUUCUCGUGGGAGGCUGGUUUCGGGUGGGAAUUUGAGAGUUCGUUUCUCGAUCGUUUUUGGUCAAGUGUUAAUGAAUGCUGGAUUUGGAAUAUGGCUUUCCGCUGUAGGUUUUAAUGCUUAGGGAGCUUAGGGAAACGUGAAUUUUGUCUUCCGUUACUUCGCUUCUCUCUGUUCCACUGGGAUUUAGAGAUCAGUUCUCGCUGCUUUGUUCUUAAUUGAGACAAAAUUGGACUUCGUUUGUUGGAUUUCCCUCCCACAUACCUGCAUUUUCGCGGCAACUAGGAAGAGGAAGCUGCUUUCACAGAAAUUUUCCUGGUUGAUGCAUAGUGGUGUUUGAACCCGGGGUUAUAUUUGGAAUUCAUUGGCUGGUUUGUUGCAUUAAUUGCUCUAAAAAGGUCACGUGCAUAAGUUCGAUUGCGCCUUAAUGAUCCUCAAAUCUGAUAUCAUCUGACUUUCAUACAUUGUUUUUGCCUACUUGAUCUUGAAUAUGCGUUGAGUUUUAAUAGUUGAGAGCUUUGGGGAAAACUUCAAUUGGUACUGCAUGGUAGAAAUCGUUGGUUGACUAAUUCCAUUCCGGUGCUCGAAUGUAUGAUGAUAAGUUAUUUGUUAGUGACGAUGAUGGUUUCUGUUUUGGUUAGUGAGAGUUGGCGUAAACUUUUCACGGGUCUGGAAAGCCUCCCCUUGGAUGUCUGAUAUGAUUAUAUUUGCUUCGUUACCUAAAAGAGUUGGUCGACCUCUGUAGGAACCAAGAUGGAUAUUCUGAUGCAGUGAUUGUCGCUUGCUUUAUUCCGUGUAAGAUGUAGAAAGUCACCUAGGUGUGAUGGUGACACAUGACAACAAAUAGCAUAGAGAUUGUUCAAUGUUAUUUUUGCUCUGAAGCUUCAUUGUUUUUGAAUAUUCCCUUUGAAAUUCUGUACAUGAAUGGAGCCAAUUUUGUGUAUUACAGAGGAUCUAGGAAGCGAUAAUGUCAAGCUCUUAGUAUGUCUUGGAGAUAAGGUUGACCUUUAGGUGUAUUUCUCCUUGGCCAACGGGGUCCAUAAGAACUUCGUCUUGUGUAGUUAAAUGAGGUGAAUUAUGAAAUAGUUGAGUAUGUUGGUCACAAUGUCCCAGUCAUAUCGAAGAUUAAAAUUUUCUUUGCUCUAUUCAUGGGAUGCUCAUUUGUAGAGCCUGAUAUGUGAAGGUGGAGAGACAUUAUUGAAUAUUGGUGGAGAAAUGAUUUUGCUAUUUGACAGCAAAGUUCGAAUUUAAAGCUGAAUUCUUCAUUCAGUGAUCUUUGUUGAUUUGGAACGUGCUUUCCAGUAAAGUCACUGAUUCGUUGACAUAUGUAGUGCAUAUGUUUUAAUUUCCACUAGAAAUCUAGCACAUGGUGUUAGACUAUCAUUUAUCACUUGCCAAGAUGGGUAAAAAGGAAAUGACUUAGUUGGAAUAGUGCGUCCCUCAUAAUUUAGUUUACAAUUCAUUUGAGCCCAAUUUGUUAGUUAGAAACUAAUUUCUAAUUGCAGCAAUUGUUUGUACCUGUAAUUCUAGGCUUGUAUUUUUUUAAUAAAUAUUGUAAACCACCCUUUGUGCUUCAACAAUUCUCGUCAUCACAACAUUUUUAUCUUAUUUCUAUAUCCUUGCUGCACUUGUGCAGAGAGUUUGGUCAUUUUAGCUAGUGAAUUAAACAGUUUACUAUUGAGAAACUUUAUUUUCUUCCUGUCAUGUGUUUAUUGUCACUGUGCUGAAAAGUAAAUAUUUGAUUAGACAUUCAUCAGGUGUUCUUAUAGCUUCUAUUUUCAUGUCUUAAAUGCAGCCCGAGGAGAAGUAUUGGGGUCAUUAUAGCUGGAUGACAUUCACAUGAACCCAAUAGAGUUUGUAUACCGCGUAAUUUUCAUGCUUACUCCUCUACGAUGACAUUUUGAAGAAUAUAGUAAUUUUUUAUAUUUUAUUUCAGGUGUUAAAUAGCUUGUUCAGUCAAUAACUAAGCUACUGAGAACUUGUGAGGGGAAUUAUCUAUGCCUGGCAACGAAGUUGGAGAUAGGAUCCACAAUUUCUUUGGUCAGGAGACUUCUUCUCCGGUCCCACAACACUCGCAAAUUGCUGAUGCAGCCUGGCCUGGGAUGAGUGCGAAUCCGUGGGCUGGAAGUCAGGGACAGAUUGCCACACCCUUCAUAUCUGAUUUAAUAAAUCGCAGUUUACAGCAAUCAGUGGCUGAUUAUGAGAGAGGAUAUGGUGGUCAGUCAUCACCUGUGCAGCAUGAUUUGAGCUUUCAACAAUCAAUUGAAAGAACAGAGCAUGCUAGAAGUCAAUCACAAGAUCAGCAACCAACUAUAAAUGGUUACUUUCAGGGUCAUCAGGGUUUCCAGAUGAGGCAGAAUGAGACAAACUUUUUGGGAAUGGAUACAGAAUCUGAUCGGCAUAAUUUAACACCAAAGGGUUUUUCCGCAUUUGAUUCCCAUCAAGGAAACGGCCCUGACUUUCACAAACGAAAUUUAGUUAGGAUGGACUCUACUGAAUCUCCAGUUAAUUUUGACUCUUUUGGGGGUCAGCAUCAGAUGAGUCCCCAGCAUCCUGGAAUUCUGCAAUCUCUUCAUAGGCAACCUUUGGGGAUCGGGGAUAUGCAGCUGCUGCAGCAACAAUUGAUACUCAAGCAAAUGCAAGAAUUUCAGAGACAGCGACAGCAUCAGAUGCAACAACUGCAGCAACAGGAAUCAACUAGGCAACUUAAUAUUUUGAAUCACGUGUCCUCUCUCGGAAAACAUGUGCUUGCUAGUCAGUCCCAAUCUAUGAUCAAUGGAAUUCCUGUACAGGAUGCAUCUGGUUAUUUAUUGCAGCCUGAGGUUAUUGCGGCUAACACAAACUGGCAACAGCAUAGUAUGUCUCCAGACAUGCGAGGCUCAUCUAGCGGGCUUGGAUUUUCGUUGGAACAAAACCAAGCACUUCACUUGAUGGGUGUGGUUCCGCAGAAGGUUGAUCAAUCUCUUUAUGGCGUCCCCAUCUCUGGAACAAGAGUUACUUCAAGUCAUUUUUCACCCAUCCAAAUGGACAAAGCCCCUCCCCAGCAGAUGUCUAGCAAUAAUAAUUCCCUUAUAGCUAAUCAGUAUACAGUUUCAUCAAACAAGGUGAAUGAUCAAGAAGGACCUUCGGGAUCGAGACAAGGAUUUCAGGGGAGAAAUGUGGUUGGAAGCGUAGAUACUCAAGGCGUGGACAGUGGAAGUAAUUUAGAAUGUCUCCAGCAAGUGAAUUCCUGGCAAAGUAGUGUGCCAACCCAAGAAUUCCUUGAGAGGCAAGAUGGAGAAGGUCCAUCAAUACCAUCACAGGAGAAGACUGUUGGUCAGGCUGUGUCUUCUCAGAAUGCCACAACACUAGAUCCAACCGAAGAGAGGAUUUUGUAUGGGUCUGAUGAUAAUUUGUGGGAUGCUUUUGGAAACAGUGAUCAUGUGGGUUCUGGAUGUUUGAAUACGGAGAGUACGGAGGCACCGGGUGGUGCUUUGUCAUUUUUACAAAGUGGAACUUGGAGUGCUCUUAUGCAGUCAGCCGUAGCAGAAGCUUCUAGUGUGGAUGUUAGCGCACAAGAGGAAUGGAGUGGUCCGGGUAGCCAGUGUACAGAACCUCAAAAUGGAAAUCGUCUGAUCCGGACUGUAAAUGGAUCUGGAAAACAACAAACAGCUUGGGCAGGUAACAGCUUCCAAACUGGCUUGACCUUGAAUAAUCCCUUCCAUCAAUCAGAUGAUAAUACAGGUAUAAACAGUAAUGAAAUGCAUAGAGUUAAUCGUUCUGGGGUGAGCUCUCCACACGAUGUGAGUGAAAAGUCACAGAUGGAUUCUUUUCGGAAAUUUUCUCAGCAGUUUGUAAAAAGUAAUACCAAAUGGCUUGAUGGGAGCCAUCAACAAAAGGCUGCUGUUGAAGUGAGCCAUAAUCAUGAAAAGGUUGUUCAUUCUCCCGUUGUGGAUUCAAGUGCAAUGAACAUUUCCCAUCCCUGGGCCAAUCAGGCAGGCUCCCCCCUGCACAAUCCAAUUGGCCAAUCAUUCAUUAGACAAAAUGGUUGGAACUUCAUUGAUUCAGCAUCAUCAAAUACAGGCUCAGCUUUGAAGAGUCAAGGGAAUCAAAAUCCUUUGCAAGCUCCCUCUACAAAUGAUUUAAAGAGCUCGAUAGGAAAGAACAUUUGGAGAACUGACCCUGUUUCCAACUCAGCUGUUGGGACAAUCUCCACACAAUCUAGUACUGGUAGCCCUCCAGUCAACACACAGGAUUCUAGCCGGAAUAGUACUCCGGGUUUCAGCAGUAUGAUGCUCAACCAACAUAGCAGCCGAGAUGUUCCUCAACUAGGAAACAAUCUUGAUGUCUGGAAACAUGCUGAUCCAGUAACGAACCAUAAGGGAUGUGAGAUCACGGGAAGCCGUUCGCUCAGUAUGGAGAAGUCAGAGGGAGUGUUUGAGUCAUCUGGAAACUUGUAUGCUUCAAGCACCGUAAGCACUGAAAUGGAUAUUGCAGCUUUUGGAUGCUCUUUGAGGCCCAAUGCUUCGUUGAGUCAAAAUUACUCAUUGCUGCAUCAAGUGCAGGAUGUGAAGAAUAGGGAUGUAGAUCAAAGUGGUAGGAGUUUGAAGAGACCGAAAGGAUCUGAUGGUAGUGUUGAUCCUCAGUUAGCUGCUUCUGAGGGUGGGCAGCAGUUGUUUGGACAUGCUAACACUGCCACAGGUACAUUACUAAACAAUGCUUCAAGUUCUCCUGAUGAUCCAAAAGCAGUUGGCUUUUCUGGGAGACAAACGGACGUGCAUGGGCCGAAUCUUCCUUCUCAGGACAUGCAUGAGUUUGGUGGGAACACUUCUAGAAAUUUUGCAGACAGCAAUGAUGGGGUUACUGGUAAAGGUGACCUUUCUCAGAUCAGUCCCCAGAUGGCUCCAUCAUGGUUUAAUCAGUAUGGCACCUUCAAGAAUGGACAGGUUUUAUCCACAUAUGAUGCUAGAAAAGUUACUGCCAUGAAGCAUGCAGAAUUAGCUCUAAGUGGUGGCAGGUCUUCUAAUAGACUGCCUAUUCCAGGUCCAUUAGAGGCUGCAAGAACCACUGUCGAUGAUGCAAAUCAGCAUGGCCUAGUUAGGAUAAGUUCUACGCCACAUAUUAGUGAGGAGUUUUCUUUUCCUCAACUGUCACGGCCUGACUCUGUUGGUAUGAGUUUGUUUGUGGUAAGACCAAAGAAGCGCAAGAGUGUCACAUGUGAUCUUGUUCCAUGGCAUAAGGAAGUGAUAAAGAUUCCGCAUAGGCUUCCGAAUAUGAGUUUGGCAGAAGGUGAAUGGGCAAAGGCAGUUCACCGUCUGACUGAGAAGGUGGAAGAUGAUGGUGAAAUCAUAUAUGAUGGGCCGCCAGCCAUAAAAUCAAAGAAAAGAUUGAUGUUGACGACACAGCUUAUGCAGAUACUGCUUCAUCCUCCUCCAUCGUGGAUAAUGUCUGCUCAUGCAACUUCUCAAUAUGAUAGUGCUGCUCAUUGUGUUGCUCGGUUGACACUGGGAGAUGUAUGUUGUUCGGUCUCUGGCUCCGCCAGUCACGCUUCCCCACCUUCCAAAAGUGGCAACAUAAUACCUGAGAGGCUCAGAAUGUCUAAAACUAAAAGUGAUCAAUACUUCUCGAAAGUUAUGGAAGAUCUCAUUGAGAGAACAAGAAAGGUGGAAAGUGACUUGCUGAGAUUGGAUAGGAGCAUGUCUGUGUUAGACUUGAGAGUAGAAUGUGAAGAUUUAGAGAAGUUCUCUGUCAUCAAUCGGUUUGCUAAGUUCCAUGGUCCAGGUCAAACAGCAGGUGGAGCAGUAAACACUUCAUCCUCGGGUGGCGCUUCUAAUGCACAGAAGGCCUUUCUUCAAAGAUAUGUUACUGCGCUUCCCUUCCCUAGGAAUAUCCCUGACAGGGUACAAUGUCUUUCACUUUGAUAGUUAUUUAAUCAAUUGAUUAAUUAGUUUUCUUCUCUUGCCCAUAUGCGCGCGCAGUCCAUGCUUUUUUGCAGUCUGUGACAUAGAACAUGGAUGGGAAUGUAGGAAGCAGAUACUAGAUUGUCUCCUCAAAACUCAUAAUGGAUGUAGGCUGUUAGAUUUGUACUAAUUAAUGUAGGCUGUUCAUGUCACUGUGAUCUGUUUAUUAGGGAACUGUGGUUCGCCUUCAUCUUUUGGCGGACUGUUGGAAUGUGUAGUUUGGCACUUUGGCUUGUAGCCUAGUGGGAAGAAGAAGAAGAAGAUAACAGAGAUGGUCCUGACGCUACAUCUAGCAAGUAGCCUAGUGGGAAGCGCUUUAAAAGCUUCAUGUAAAAAGGGUUCGGUUCGGUUCGUUGUCUUCCCUGUGAAGUGAAUGUAGAGAAGUAAUUGCUGGAUUUUGGUUUGGUGACUAAGUUUGUCUCUACUCAAUCUCCGGUCUUGCGUCCUUGCUUGAUAAAUAAGAAGUGGAUGAGGAUUACUGAAGGUUUGGUUGUAUGAGAAGCUUACGUCCUUUUAUUGUUUUGGCCCCAAGUCUUUGAGAUAUCUGGUUUGGUUCUGAUGGAUGGGACGCGUUAUAUAGAAUUUUGGAUGAAGAUCGUGGGAUCGUCAAACUCAACUUCAGACGCAGCUAUCCAUCCUUCCCGAGGUAGUUCUACAGGCUUGGUGUUGAAGUCUGCAGACGACCGUACGCUCCUAGCUUUUGGACUUCAACAUCGUGGGAUCGUCAACCCUUACCUAGCCGAACUACUAGCCGCUCGAGAUGGUUUAAACUUGAUUCGUCACUUCAGCCUACGAGAAGUCAUCCUAGAAGGGGACUCCGAAGUCGUCGUUCGUCAGCUUCUCAAAGGGAUAGAGUCAGAUGCUGUUGGAGGGCCGGUUCUCAGAGACUGUCGUCAGAUGAUCGCUACCCUAGACAUAGGCUUAGAGGUUUGUGCGGUUCCUAGAACUGCCAAUCGGGCUGCCCAUAGUGUGGCAAGAAAAGCCCUUUCUCUGUCUAAUUUAGAGUUGCUUUCAUUUGAUUUUGUUUCUUGGGUGGGAAGGGACUUAUAGGGUGGUCUAAUUUUCUUGUAUUCUAUUGUCAUAUCUCAGAUUAAAAAAAAAAAAAAAAAAUUUUGGAUGAAGAUGUUUUUCUCUUAUGUUUCCAGUUUAAUUAGUGGGCGGGGCACUGUUUCGUUGAAUCAAAUUUAUUCUUCUUUCGUUCAGUUAAUUUGAGUAUUUGUAUUUCCUAAAAUGUCGUAUAUGCUCACGUGACUAAUGCUUUUAUUAGUUAAGAAAUCUUAUGAUAUGCA